UCGACGAGAAAACACCUCUCGUUGAAAAGAGAAAACGAAACCGCAGUUGACGUAGACGCCGAGCGGAGGCGCAGCCCGUGUUCCUCUUAUCAGAGAGAGUCAGUGUGUCAGAGCUUCAGUGGGAGCUAUGGACAGUCAGUGAGCAUGUGCCCUGCAGCGAACACACCGACCGAAAGGAUUCUAUCAAGGAUGGAGUACAAGAAUGAAAAUGCUGGCAUAGAACUGCUUCUUGCUCACAUGAACAUUGAAGACUUCAUUCAAGAGGCAGAGAAAUUCUACAGUGUUGAGGAGGAGGUGGAAGCAGGAGUUUCGUUUGAGGAAAGUUUUUCACAGGAGGACAUGGAUGAGAUUGAGGAGACACCACGGGAUUUAAUCUCGCAUGUGCAAAAUCCUGGAAAGGUCCGCUACGGGUCUUCAUCCGACCUCCUGGACUUUGUAAAUAUGGUUUCAAACACCCCGUCCUCCUCUCUAGUGGAGGUGGGUGAAGAAAUAGGGGUUCUGCUAAACAAGACAGACAUGGUCAUUAAGGAGGGGCAUUAUCGCGUUGACUUGGACUUCCUUCUGUUUCCUUGGAAACUAACCUACAAGCCUCCAGGCCCUGGACACGUUCCCAAAGGCUCAUUUGGGAAGGUCCAUCUGGCUCAGGACACCAAAACUCGAAAGAGAAUGGCAUGCAAACUAAUUUCUGUGGAACAUUUCAAGCCUGUAGAUGUGGAAAUCCAAGCCCGGUUCCGUCACGAGAACAUAGCAGAGCUGUAUGGGGCACUGCUGUGGGAGCAGACGGUGCAUUUGUUCAUGGAAGCGGGUGAAGGGGGCUCAGUUCUGGAGAAGCUGGAUAGCUGUGGUCCGAUGAGAGAGUUCGAGAUCAUUUGGGUCUCUCAGCAGGUUCUGCGAGGCCUGGAGUACUUGCACUCUCACAAGAUCAUACACCACGACAUCAAACCCAGUAAUAUUGUGCUCAUGUCCGCAAAAGCCGUGCUGGUGGACUUUGGGCUUACAGUACAGAUGAAGGAUGAUGUAUACGUUCCUCGGGACUUACGUGGUACAGAAAUGUAUAUGAGUCCAGAGCUGAUUUUAUGUCGAGGACACAACACCAAGACUGACAUCUACAGUCUGGGAACCACAAUCAUACACAUGCUGAGUGGAAGCCCUCCGUGGGUUAGGAGAUAUCCCAGAAGAUCCUACCCCUCAUACCUUUACAUAAUCCACAAACAGGCCCCUCCUCUGGAGGACAUACCUGAAAGCUGUAGCCCUGCGAUGCGGAGGCUCCUGGAGCAUGCACUCGAUAGGGUCCCGGCACGGAGGAGCUCUGCCACAGAAUUACUAAACGAGGAGGCCCUCCAUCCCUCUCGGGAGGACCAGCCGCGGUGUUGGAGUCUGGAUUCUGCACUGGAGGAAGGCACACAUCCACUGCUGCGACAACAUAGCCAGCUUUCAGACAGCACCCAAGAUUCGUCCUUGUACACUGAGGAUUCUGGGCACUCGAAGAAGAAAGGAUCACUCUAUAUAGAUCUGGGCGCCUUGGCCGGCUACUACAAUCUGGUUAGAGGACCACCGUCAAGUGAAUAUGGCUAAUUAAGGUGGAUUUUUGCUGAGGACCAGUGGGGUACUUGUAUAGUUUGCGUUCAUAUACUAUAUAUGCUAUCAGAGUUGCAUACAUGGAUCCGUUCCGCGGAGCUGAAGUAAUCCAUAAAAUGAUUCAGUAUAUACUGUAUGGUGUUCUAAAUGACGACAGUCUACGCUGAUUGGAAAGUGAUUGGACACGAGCUGCCCAAUUAGAGAUGGACUUCUGGGAAGGGAAGACAGACUUGUGGUUUUCAUUGUUUGAUGAUUGUGUAAAUGCAGUUCCUUGUCUGUGUUUUGAGAGAGUAUAUCACAUGUAUAUUAAAUACAUGUAUGUCUGUAUUAUGUAUGUAUACAUAUAUAUAUAUAUAUAUAAUAUGCAGAUCAGUGUAGCUGUGCUAGGUGUAUUGAUUAUGUAUUCCAUAUUUGAUCACAUAAGGGGCAGGGCCUAAUGAAAGUAUCUGUGCUUUGAAUUUGCCAAAAUAUUAAUGGAAAUCCUUAAUAUUAUACUACAUAUAAUAGCAGUGCUAUGUAUGUUAACAACCUAUGCAUGUUAUCUCCAGUGAACUACAAAGGCAGGCCUUGUUCUGAGUGUUUUUUGGGGGGGGGGGUAUUAGUCAUUAUAUGUGUGAGUCUAUUUAAUUGUAAUAUUUGACCACAGACAUUAGGCUAUCUGUGCUCUUUUGUAACUAAUUUCUAAAUAUUUUAAGUUUAAUUUAUAUUUGCAAUCCCCAUGUGAGUGCUAUCAUUCAUUGUAAGAAUAAGAGUUGCCAAAAGAGUUGCACACUACUUUAUUUCUCACAAAAAGUGUUUUCAGACGAUAUGGAAAAUAAUCUUUCAGGGGUUUAUUCCCAUGGAAUGUGAUUUUGUUAAAUAGUUGCAAUGCAAGACAAUGAAAUGUGCAACUGAUCCUCCAUAUAAACCUAAUGACUCCAUAAACAUGUUGUGACACCAAAGAAAGUGGUCUGUACAUCUGUAUGAAUGCUCCAGUCUGCAUAUUCUCAUCCAAAAAAAAGAUAUAUAAAAUAUUGAACAUAUAUAGAAAAAGGCAUAUUUGUGUGUUAAAAUACUGAAUAAUUAUGUAAAGCAAAUAUAUUGUCAAUUUUGAUUUUAUUUGAUGGCUAUUUUAGCAGAAUUUAUAAUAUAAGGUUGUGAUUUUAGAUGACAAAGAUAAAAAAUACAUCUGGCUGUUCCAGUCAAUAAACAGUUCUUCAGAAGUUCCUUAGUCAUUCUGGAAAGACCAGAGAGCCUGUGUGAUAAUGAUCACCUAAUACGAAAACUGUUUUUACAAUACUUGGGGGAAAUUAUAAAAUAAAUAAAUGUACUAAAAAGAUGAA